AUGCGUUACGAGGCAACUAGCAUUUUGUCAUGGAAGUUCGUGAAAGAAUGUUCUUGUUUUUCGUUGGAAAAACCAACGCCGACGUCAAGAUCAGUCUCCUUUCCUUUCUCUUUUCGGGAGCAGAGCUGAAAAAGAUGGGAAAUUCCAAUGAUUCUUCGUUCAUUAUCAUGUCGAUUCCUCACAAUCGCUCUUUGUGAUGCUGCGGAACCAUGGCAAUUAGGAUCUCAAGACGCAGCAACACCUAUGAUGCAAGGAAUCAUUGACUUACAUCACGAUAUCUUUUUCUUCCUCAUUCUUAUUUUGGUUUUCGUAUCACGGAUGUUGGUUCGCGCUUUAUGGCAUUUCAACGAGCAAACUAAUCCAAUCCCACAAAGGAUUGUCCAUGGAACUACUAUCGAAAUUAUUCGGACCAUAUUUCCAAGUGUCAUUCUUUUGUUCAUUGCUAUACCAUCGUUUGCUCUGUUAUACUCAAUGGACGGGGUAUUAGUAGAUCCAGCCAUUACUAUCAAAGCUAUUGGACAUCAAUGGUAUCGGACUUAUGAGUAUUCGGACUAUAACAGUUCCGAUGAACAGUCACUCACUUUUGACAGUUAUACGAUUCCAGAAGAUGAUCCAGAAUUGGGUCAAUCACGUUUAUUAGAAGUUGACAAUAGAGUGGUUGUACCAGCCAAAACUCAUCUACGUAUGAUUGUAACACCCGCUGAUGUACCUCAUAGUUGGGCUGUGCCUUCCUCAGGUGUCAAAUGUGAUGCUGUACCUGGUCGUUCAAAUCUUACCUCCAUCUCGGUACAACGAGAAGGAGUUUACUAUGGUCAGUGCAGUGAGAUUCGUGGAACUAAUCAUGCCUUUACGCCUAUCGUCGUAGAAGCAGUGACUUUGAAAGAUUAUGCGGAUUGGGUAUCCAAUCAAUUAAUCCUCCAAACCAACUAAACCGGGGAAGCUGAAGCGGAAAUGCAAUUCUCGGGUGAGGGAAGGGGGAAGCUCCAGGAAGGCUUCGCUCGCUCGCUCAAAAAGCUCUAACGCUCGUUUACGAGUGGAGUGCAUAAGCCCUUAUUGAAGUAGGGUGAGGCCUUACUA